AUUCUUCUCUUUUAGGUAGUUCAAAUUGUUGAGAGUUGCUUAUGUAAGGCGUUAUAAUAGUAUUACUGAGGGGAUAAGCAGAGUCUCCAGCAAUUCACUCCUGUCCUGAAAAGAAUCUUGGCUAACUAAGUGUUUAGUGAACAGUUUUUAAAUAUUUUUGCAUCGUGAGUAGAGCCACUGUAGCCAACGACAACAUCGCGAAUUUUUAGCUUGUAGUCGCAAACCAUUUGAGCUUAAAUUGCAUACAUAUACUUAUGUAUAUGAUUUCGGGAAAAGAACGCUUCAUGAUUUUUUAUUGGGGAUUCGGCGAGUUUUAUUUCUGUGCCAUUCACGUAACCUACACAAAAUGGAGUUGUUUUAAAAAUGCCUUGAAUAUCUGCGAGUAAUAUUUGUUAACGUUCCUCCGUCACCAAUCCCAAAAGUUGACGCAAUUUUUCGUACCGAUGCACUUUCUCCAGAACAGCCCAAUCUAUAUAGAACGACAGCUAGCUACUCAAUAGGGAAUUGCAUGCCACUACUUUUUUGAAAACUUCGUCACUUGAUAUGAGGGUCAAUAAGUGAGCAAAUUGAGUUCGGUCUACACGCAGCAUUUGCCGGAACCGAUUGUCAUUCAUAGUGGUUAAAAUAUCAUCGUAUCACUGAAUUGACUUUAGAACAAUAUUUUCUACACCUCUUCGACAGUUCAGUGUACUAAGCAAAUCAUCAUACGUAUACACCUCGUUAAUGGUAUCUUCUACCAAAUCUUCUUCUUCACUGAAUAUGUCUUGAAAUAAUUUGAAAGUUAGUUCCAUGCUCCUCUGUACAUCAAUUUUAAUACUUACCAGUAAUAAAUUUGAUCUACCCCACAUAAUUUUCAAUUAAAUGACUGACAAUUUUUAUACUCUCGCAACAAAGUUGCUAAGGAGAGUAUUAUAGUUUUGUUCACAUAACGGUUGUUUGUAAGUCCUAAAACUAAAAGAGUCAGAUAUAGGGUUAUAUAUACCAAAGUGAUCAGGGUGACGAGUAGAGUUGAAAUCCGGAUGUCUGUCUGUCCGUCCGUCCGUCCGUAAAAGCUGUAACUAGAGUAAAAAUUGAGAUAUCACGAUGAAACUUGGUACACGUAUUUCACGUAUGCUCCAUAAGAAUUAAGUUCGAAGAUGGGCAAAAUCGGCCCACUGCCACGUCCACAAAAUGGCGAAAACCAAAAACGUAUAAAGUGUCAUAACUAAGCCAUAAAUAAAGAUAUUAAAGUGAAAUUUGGCUCAAAGGAUCGCAUUAGAGAGGGGCAUAUUUGGACGUAAUUUUUUUGGAAAAGUGGGCGUGCCCCGCCCCCUACUAAGUUUUUUGUACAUAUUUUGGAAACUACUAUAGCUAUGUCAACCAAACUCUAUAGAGUCGUUUCUCAUGCGAGAGUAUAAAAUGUUCGGUGACACCCGAACUUAGCCCUUCCUUACUUGUUGAUUUUGCACUUUGUUGAGGCAUUUUUACUCUUUAAUAAAAUUGAAUCAGCAGUUUCGGAAUAAAAUUUACCAUACUACGGAGGUAGAACAAAAAGUAUGUUCACAGUUAAUUGUUUUAACGAAGUAUCAAAUAACGAAUUACCAAAUUAACAGGUUCGGUCUGAAUACUCCCAAUAAAUUAUCCGUUGGGAGUUUCAGAUUUCUUAAAUAAUGCAAUCAAAUAAUUACUUAAAAAUGCCAUCAUUAUACCAUCAAAGUCCUCGUCCAUGAAACCAGUUGUUGACAAAAAAGGAUGUUGAUACUAAUAAAUAUAAAAUAAACGAUUAGUUAUCGAAUUUAGGAAAUUAAACCGACAAGCUGUAGCUGAUCAAUGUCCAAUACCAGGAGUUGCUCUGAUUCGAGCCAAUCUAGGGCCGGCAAAAUUUUUCACAACCUUAGAUCUAAAGUCCGGGUAUAAUCAGAUUUAUUUAGCAGAAAAAGACCACGAAAUUGAUCUUGAAAAAGUUAGGGCCAUGAAGGAGUAUAUUGAGCCGAAAAACAUGUAUCUAUAGCUAAUAUUAAAAAGUGGAAAUUAUACAUUGAUGAACACAAUGUAAACAUAUUUUACAAACCAGGCAAGGAACUAAUCGUGGCAUAUGCCCUGUUCCAACAAAGUCUAAAUACCAUUGAGAAUGAGGUCCAAUGAGACGCUGCAACGAUUCCCAGCGAACUAUCAUUAACCUAUAUGGUUGAUACGAGUGAAGACCUUCUUUGGCGCAUAAAUAAAGCAUCUAGUAAGUUUCUCAGAUAAAAACACAAAAAACACACAGACAGUGAAAGCGAUGUACUGCCAAUAUAUAAAAUAAUUUGGUACUAUACCUUCUAGUAACCAAAUUUGCAUUUCAAAAAUCUCGUAAUAGAUAUUACCGACCAUUAUGAACAUAUCAAAAUCAGCACAACGGAACAAAACGCAUAGAGGCGCUCAAGAAAACGUGAAACAAAUACCUCGUAAUUAUUAUUUCCCAAAAAUAGAAAAAUUAGCCAAUGACGUUAUAAUAAAUUGCAAAAUAUGCACUAAAACCAAACAUCUCAAAAAACUCUUGGGUUAAUUCCAAAUCCAUAAUAUGCUAUCCUGGCUCAUAUUGAUAAAUUCUCAAAAUUUGCUGUUAUGCAACCCCUUGCGCCUUGUAUGAUAGUCGAUGUAAAAAUGCUCAUUAUUCAACUUCUGAACUUAUUCCCACAAACUAAGACAAUAGAGGUAUUCGGGAUCUGUGGUAUUUGCCAUUGUAUUUUUGUAUUCGUGGUUUCUGUGGUUUUUAUAGUAAAUGUAGUAAAAAUCCAACAACAAAAUAUACAUACCAUUCAAAUACAACAGUGUACGAAAAUACAAUAGUGCGACCCUAUUUUAAUUGUGGUUUUUGUUUUGUACAUUUCUCACAGCUGAUCACAAUUAAAAGGAUGGCUGAAAUGAAGGACGCUGUAAGUUUUUAUUGCUAAGCUUUUUUUUAAAUAUUUUAAUAAAAAGUCUAUUUUACAGAAGUUAAAAAAGGAUAAAAUAAGGCGGCGGGAAAAACAUAAUAAGAAAUGGACAGAAGAAGAAGUGGGACAAGUUCUUAACUAUUUGCAGGAGCAUCCGUCGUUUGAAGUAAUUUGCAGCUAUUCCUAUUUUGUUUGUUUAUAUUUAUUUGUAUGGACGCUUUUAUAUCUCUUUAUAGUACAGAUUCCUUCUGAACAAAUUUUUUACAAAAAAUUACUAUUAGAAACAGGAAUCUCAGCAGAUUGGAAUUUAGUUCGGUGGAAAGUACGCAGCAUGCGCACCGCAUACAACAAAGCAGAGCAGUGGAAAAAUGGGACAGGCGCCGGCCUGUUAGAGGAACAAGGUAUCGAAAGUAUUGAUCAAAAAUUGAGCAAGAUGUGUCCCCAUUAUAAGCGAUUGCAGAGCAUAUUUUUUAAGCAAAUCGGCAGACUCGACACAGUACGUGUUCCAGUCCGAAGAUGGUACAACUAAUCAUGGUGAAUGUGAAAUUAUUCAGCAGAGCGAAUAUGACAGUGGUAGUAUGUUCGUUGACGAAAUUGCGACAACGACUGAAAUCGAACAUGAUAAUGUAUUUUAUACGUUGCUGAAUGAUAUCGAAAUUGCAACACCAGUUUCUUCUAAACGAGCUCAAAAUAUAAAUGACAACCAGGCAGUAGAAUUCGCUGAAAAGAUGAGGAAAUCGGCACCGAAAACAGCAAUUAGCAAAUUAUCUGCACUACAAUCGGAAAGAAAUGAGCUACAAAUGCAACGUUUAGAAUUAGAAAAGGAGAAACACAGAGACUACAUGGAAAGGGAGGAAAAACGGAUAAGUAUAGAAAAGGAAAAGUUUGUUUUGGAAAAAGAAAGACACGAAAAGAUGUUUGAGCUGGAAAAAGAAAAAUUAGCCAUAGAAAAGGAGAACAAUAAGGAUAAAUUAAAAAUUUUGACUAUGGAGCUGGAGAUGAAGGAGCGGCUUGCACGUUAUGAGUUAGAACUAAAAUGCAAUCAGUAAAACAGAAGCUAAGUUUUUUUCAGAAAACAGAAACCAAAAAUUACACAUUUUCUUUUAUUUAUUUAUGGAACAACAAUCUAUUGUUAUAUGAAAGAGUGCCUCAUUAAACAUUUUGUUUAUUAAAUUAAGUUUUAACUUAAAAAACUUGUACUGUUACUAGUCAAACAUCAUAUGUUAUAAACCUUGUCUCUUCAUUUCGAUUUCCUGUCGGGUAUUAGUUUGGAAUUCUUCUUCUGGUUGGUUUGGUUCUCGAUUUUCUUAAUCGACAAAUAUUGUCUCUAUUUCCUUUUGGUUUAAUAAAACAUUGCGCAAAAUGCAGCAGACUCGAAACCAAUCACAACAAAAUUUGUGACUUUCUCUGUUUUGAAUUCGCAUUCUGAGCUCCUUUAGACUACCAAAUUUCUCUUUUAACAACCCAAAAAAAUUUUCAAUUCGUACGCGAUACUUACUAUGGUGUCGAUUAAAUUCAGUGCGUUUUUCUAUGUUCAAUUGCUUUGAGUUGCUUCGAUAUGGUGUUAUUAACGUUUUGGAAAUCGGAUAAGCUGAGUCACCUGCUAGCCACUGAAAUCCUGAAAAAAAUUUCGACUCUUCAAGAAACAAAGCGCAUGUUUUUUAUACUUUAGCAUCAUGAGCGCUACCCACAUGGCCCACUACAAUAUGUCGAAUUCUGCAUUUGUGGUCACAAACCACUUGAAAAAUACGUCGUGUGGCUAUGGACGGGCGCUUCGGCAAGAGCAAUCUCUGUUCCAUCUACGUAACCAAUGCAAUAUGGAAGUUCGUUGAACGUUUGGGAAACUAUUAAAUUUCUUUCAGCGUAAUCUGGCCAAAAUAUAAUUUUUCUCUCCAAUCGUUGGAAAGCUUUAAAUACUCUUUCUCUUACAACGCCAAUUGUGCUUCCAUCGCCAAUUCCAAAAAUAGAAGUUAUUUUCCUUAUGGAAGCAUUUUCGCCGUAAGCCCCAAGUUUGUAUAACACAACUGCAACUUGCAACUCUAUAGAAAACUGUUUGCAGGAGUGAAGUCGAUUAAAAACCUCAUCUGUUUUAAUUAACCCAACCAAAUGAGUGAAUUGAAAUCGAUCCACCCUUAACAAUUGCUUCAACCUGGUAUCAUCCAGUUCACUUAACACAUCCAGACACCAAGUUAUACUUUCUGGAAUAAAUUUCUCAAUUCCUCGGCGGCACUGCAAUAUAAUGAUCACCUCUUCCAUAGAGCAGUCUAAAAUAUCAUCCACGGCUGCAUCAUCGGCAUCUACAAAUACGGAACUCGAAAAAAUAGCUCUUUAUUAAAAAGUAUUUAAGUUACCUACCGUUCACAUCAGCAAUUUGAUUUUCACAAUUAUCAACAAUAAAAUCUAAUAUUUUAGUUUUUCCGCUUUUUCAUGGCAUAUUUCUCACUUUUGUUUAUUUGUUGUGGCACAAAAAUCAGCUGUUCGGCAAAUUUUACAACGACAUUACAAUGGGUGUGUUCGCGAUUUUCUUGUGUAUUUCUGAAUUCGUUGUAAAAAGAGUAAAUAAUUACUACGAAUACAACAGAUUCCGAAUACCCCUAAUAUAUUGCGACAAGGCAUCUGCCUUUAAUUCAGAAACAAUCAUGUCGCGGAUAGCCGGACGGCCUGUAGUAGCAGGUUAGUUGCAAAAUAAGUUAAAACGAAUAAGCAACCCCCGACGAUGAGCGGCAGGAGUGGAGGAUGCGGUAUAAAAGCCAGCCAAGCCGAUGAAACUUCUGCGACAGAGGCGAAUAGCUGCUGCCUCUGUAAUAUAGGUGACCGAUCUUUUGAUCGACACGACGGACUCACAGUUAGCGGCUUCCUGGUCAGCGUCUGUUCACCAUGUUAGGUGCGGCUGCAAAUAAGACCACUCCAUACCGGGGCGCACUGGGAGUCCCUUGAAGCAUCACCAGCUGUUUUCACUGGUGGUGUGGAGAGGGUGAUGUGAGUCAGCUCUACCGAAGUGUCAGCUACGAUGUGAAUCAGUAACCAGCCCCUUCGGGCCCUUGUCAGGAAGUGUACAUUGGGCGCCGAACUAGUAGACUGCGUUGCUCCGGGCGAGUGCCGGUUGGUUCGAGUUUUCCAGAACCGGUAAAGUGAAGGACAGGCCUCAGGGAACUGAGUUAGGGGCAUAGCUCCGGAGGGUACAUACGUUCCUGUCUAUUUCGGCCCGCUUCCCUGCACAAGAUGCGCUGGUUAAACUGAUAAAUGGAGACAAUUAAUGAAAAAACACACACAAACAACAAUAGCAGCAACAAAUCUAGUGGUGUCAGCAGCCAAUAUACGAUUUUAGGAGUAAAUAAACUUUAAACAAGCUUCGCGUUUGGAUAGAUCACCAGUGAAGGUGCCCUCCGCCCAAAGACCAGUGAGGUCGAAAUCGUCACCUCCAACGCUUCAGGAGAACAUCCCGAUAUUGACAGAAGCACAGGCGCAACGUGAUCAUAUGUAUAAACUUGGAGAUAUGAUACAAAAGCUAACGGAAGCAAUUGUUAUCGCAAAAACAGGAGGCAUGUCUUACGCAGACAUACUUCGGGCGGUUAAACAGAACGAAAAUCUGCAAGUGCUUGGCGAAAAUGUCUCAAUAAUUAAAAAGACAGCUAAAGGAGAGAUACAGUUAGAGCUAAAGAAGGCGCAGACAGGAAGUACUAAGGAAUAUAGGGAGAAGAUAGUGAAGAUACUAGGAGAUCGGGUACGAAUAAGAUCUCUAACACAAGAAACUACAGUGAAGUGAGUGACUUGGACGAUAACACGACGAAAGACGAUAUAGCACAAGCAAUUAGUUCAGAAUUUGAAGAGCUUCGCCUAUUUAGUGAAGAGUGUAUUAAAAGCAUUAGACCAGCAUAUGCAGGCACUCAAAUGCGCAGGAAGCAAAGCACCUACUGGCAGCGCAAAAGAUUAAAGUCGGCUGGACAAUCUGUAGAAUUCGGGAAAAACCACACUGAAGAAAUUUUUCAGAUGUCUACAGUAUGGACAUUUGGCGAAAGCAUGCAGCAAUCCAGAAGAUAGGAGCAAGUGCUGUAUCAAAUGUGGAGAGGAGGGUCAUUUCGCCAAAGAUUGUGUUAACAAUCCUUCCUGCAAGGCAUGUAAACAGAGUGGAAGUACAAACAUAAACCAUCAGAUAGGAAGCCGGAAAUGCCCCAAAUAUACAGCAGCAAUCAAAAAACCUAAAAGAUGAAAAUGCUACAAAUAAACCUGAACCACUGCGAAGCGGCCCAGGAUCUCCUGACGCAAAACAUAUACGAAAAUAAAAUAGACGUUGCAUUAAUCUGUGAACAAUAUAAAAAUAAAGGCUCUGACAAGUGGAUUUCCGACACCACAAAAAAGGUUGCAAUAUCGGUUUGCGGAGAUAAGAUGAUGCAAGACAAACCAUUAAUUGACAAGGCAUACUAUACAAGAGCCAAAAUAUGGAAGAUUUAUUUCUACAGCUGCUAUAUACCGCCAAGUAUACCACAUGCUGAAUAUGAAAAAAUACUUGACGACUUGGUAAAGGAUGCGAUGACAACUACACCUAAUAUAAUUGCAGGUGACUUUAAUGCCUGGGCGCUACAUAGAAUAGGGCAGCAAAAAUACAAAUUUGAGAGGUAGCGCAUUACUUAAAGCAUUUGCUGUUUUAGACGUAGUACUGCUUAAUACAGGAAGAGAAAACACCUUCUAGAAGAAUGGGCGUGGCUCCAUUAUCGAUAUAUCUUUUGUCGGCAGGGUGCUAUAUCGAUAUAUAGACUGGCGGAUAUGCGACAUUUAUACCCAAAGUUACCAUUUAGCUAUAAUGUUAAGUGUCAGCAAG